AUGGCCUCGCCACAGCCUCUUCGGCCGGGUUUGAAGAAGACAAUGAGCCACGGGAACGCCAUAUCGCAUCUACAGCCUGCGCAAGUUAGACAGCUUCGAGAGGGCUUCGAGGUCUUGGAUCGCGACAGUGAUGGCGUCAUCAAUAGGGAAGAUGUGGCCGACAUGCUGAAUCAGUUGGGCCUGCCGUCCAAACCCUCCGACGUGUCAAACUUUUUCCCGCCAUCAACGCCGCAAACGAUGACGAUGGCUGCUUUCCUGAAUUCCCUUGCCACGAUGCUAGCUUCUUUAUCACCACAAUCUGAGUUGCUGUCUGCUUUCUCAGCGUUUGACGACGACGACAGCGGACAGAUCGACCUCGCGGAGCUGCGGGAUGCGCUUCUGCACACCGCGCCAGAGCCCGGCGAGCGACCGCUUACAGAGGCCGAGGUUGAAAAGGUAAUUGAGGGAUUCACCGGCAGACGAGCUUUCAAUCGCAACAUGCAAGGCGGUUUGGGAAAUCGCCGUGAGGUGUUUAGAUACCAGGACUUUGUCAACUCCAUCAUGGGUAGCAAUACAACAUCCGAAGCCGCAUCAGCUGAGGGAUCUGAGGAUUGA